AUGUUGUUGAAAAGCGCUCUUUUCGCUUUUUCUUCGGCCCGUUUGAUUAAUAUUCCUACCAGUGAGAACAACUUCAUCGACUUUAGCGAGUACGAGUCCUUUAUUGAAAACAAGGACGACUUCAAUUUCGCCGUCUUCGCCGAUGCGCAAUUUGGCAAGUACGACAAAGAGGACUUAGAUGGCGAUGGAACAGAUGUUUCUUACGACAUCGAGAGAAUCGAAGAAAUGUGUCGGCAAAUCAGCGCGAUGCCCAGUUCCGAGAGACCUGCUUUCAUCGUCAACUUGGGCGAUAUCGCUCACGGUUUGCCACACGACGAAGGAGCCAGCAAUCCUGGCUCGAAUCCUGAACUCCGGCCAUUCCAAGUUUCCGAAUACAUGGACGCAAUGCGCUCUUGCCCAAAGGACAUCCCACAAUUCGCCGUCAGUGGCAACCGCGAUGACGGAAACGAAAAAUACAAGGCAAAUGACAUGCUUGGCUUUGAAAAACUGUUUCACGAGAAAAACUUUUGGUUCAAAGCUGGGAACCGCUAUUUUAUCGGACUCGAAACUCAAGUUUACUUUCUGGUAAACGGAUUUGCCCAGACUAGGCUUCGAGAACAGGAGCACUUUAUCAUGAAUACUCUUAAUUUGCUCCCUAGCGACGCGCCAAAGACUGUUUUCAUGCACAAAGCGCUUUAUAUCGAAAACCCAGAAGAAAUUGAAGCUUCCGAAUUGAAAGAAAAAUCUAUCCCGAUCGCUUACAGAAACCAACUUCUUUCCCAAUUCUCAGAAAACGGUGUCGAUUCGGUUUUCUCCGGCCACACUCAUUUCGAAAACGUUCCACCAGCUUAUGGCCCGGUUCAGCAAUAUGUAAUGACUUCCAUUUCAAGCCAGAACUCUUGGAAUUCAAAGGAAUACUGGGGUCCGAACGGAGAAAGGAUGGCUUAUGGUGACUGUACUCCGAGUUUUUAUAUGGUCAAUGCAAAGGCAGAACGAGUUACUGUAACAGCGAAAAGAGUUGAUGGGAAGAGUGGAUCAAUUCCCGUCUGUAAACAUCCAAAAUAA